AUGCAACUCUACCUCUUUCACUCUGGUUCUGAGACUCAAACACGCAAACACCUUCUCGAGGACUUUAUAAUUCAAAUACAUAAUCUCCUUUUGACAAUGUCACUCAAACGCAAGGCCUCAUUCUCGCGAGCUCCAUCCAGCCCAUUCGCAUCCGCGUCUUGCGACAUAGACAUGAUCGACAACUCAAAACACCUCCACAGCCGAACACGAAAGCGAUUCCGAGAUGGCCGUCCAAAUGAUGAAGUGGUAUAUGAGAAAACCCUCCGGUGGAUUUUCUCGGCCCAGCAACAACAAAAUGAAGUUUCAAUGGGCACUACCGAAGAAACAAUGGAAGAAACAACAUCCCUCGAGAACCCCGAAACCGUCGACCCACGUCAACAGAGUCUGCUGCGCUUCUUCCAGCCUCGAGGUCAGCAAGCUCCUCGUUUUAAACCAUCCCGCGAGGCACUGGUACCCCGUGCGAAUGAGAUUGCUAUGGACCAUGAGGAAGCUGUACGGCGUGCGGCAUUUCAACAACCGACUGCCGGUCCUAAUUCUAGCGCAAUCGAGACGAUGAAUGCUGGGCCCAACCGGGUGGAAAUGGAUAUGGAUAUGGAUAUGGAUAUGGACAUGGAUACCGAUGAAAGCAGUGAAGGCUCCAACUCGAACGUGAACAUGGGCGUAAGGGCGUGGAUGUAA